GUCCGGUCCAUUUCACCCCCGGAGCGAGAGCGCGAGAGCGAGCAUCAUGAGCCUGAAGAGCCUGUUAACGGCGGCGGCGGUGAAGGGGGUGACGGAGGCGCGGGCACGGAUUUUCGGGCACAUCCUCAACCCGACGGGCAAGCGGUCGCCCCACAAGAUCCUGAGAAAGAAGCUCAUCGGCGACAAGGUCGCCCAGUGGUACCCCUACGACAUCAAGAACGACGACCCCCUCGUCUUGGCCCGUGAAGAGAAGGAGCGGUUGGCUAAACUUGAAAUGUUGAAGCGUCGUGGAAAGGGUCCACCGAAGAAAGGCCAAGGAAGGCGUGCUGUUAAGCGCAAUAAAUAAUUACAUCAUCGUUGAUUUUUUUUAUUUUAAACAUGAAUCGUCGUGUUCAAAUGUUGAAGGUCUGUAUUGGGUUUUAAUUCCAGAUUGUUAGUUUCAGGGAUCAUUUCUCAAUUUAAUCACCCUUCUUUUCUCAUCUAGUAUGCUAAAACCUUAGUGCCGCUAGUAUUUGGAGGUAUUAUUGGCAUUGAAUUAUAAUCACACCAUCUGACCUAUUGUAUGGGUUUGCAAUCUA